GCACGCCUGCACAAUACCGUCAGCCGAGGAGCGUUGACCGGCGCGCGGGGUCAGUCCUGUGUUGCUGGAGCUCGUGGACAGCGGUUUCCUCAUGGCGGCGGUUGCAGCGAGCUGAGGCUCAGUCACCUCAGACGGAUCCCUUGGUGCCUGUCGGGCCCGUCGCCAUUUGACCGAAAUGAGGGCGGAGCCUUGACCAGGCAAUGAGCCUGAGGCAGCGCUGCGAUCGCUGUGAUUCACCUCCUGCUGAUGCAGAACUGAAGCUUUCUGUAAAGCUGGAGAGGAUAUUGGCUUGCAAUUCCUUAUGAAACCUUUUUUCCGAUAGAGUGGAAAAUGCUCCCAGGGGUCGGUGUGUUUGGGACAGGUACGACUGCACGGGUUUUGGUGCCACUGUUGCGUGCUGAAGGUUUCACCAUCGAGGCACUCUGGGGAAGAACAGAGGAAGAGGCCAAGCUGCUGGCAGAGGAAAUGAACAUUUCAUUCUACACGAGUCGGACUGAUGAUGUUUUGCUCCAUCAGGAUGUCGAUCUUAUUUGCAUCAAUAUUCCUCCCCCCCUCACCUGCCAGAUUGCUGCUAAAGCAUUAGGUAUUGGAAAGAAUGUGAUUUGUGAGAAAGCAGCAACUGCAGGAGAUGCCUUCAAGAUGGUGAAAGCAGCUCGUUACUAUCCUAAACUCAUGAGUAUUGUCGAUAAUGUACUUCGGUUUCUACCAGCAUUUGUGAAGAUGAAGCAGUUAAUUGAAGAAGGCUACAUUGGUAAUGUCAUGAUCUGUGAUGUACGUGUAUAUUGGGGCAGUCUUCUCAGCAACAAAUAUAACUGGAUUUGUGAUGAACUAAUGGGUGGUGGCGGGCUUCACACAAUGGGCACUUAUAUUGUAGAUCUGCUGACUCACUUGACCAAUAAGAAAGCUGAGAAGGUCCAUGGCCUCCUGAAAACUUUCGUGAAACAAAACAAUAACAUACAUGGAAUCCGACACGUCACUAGUGAUGAUUUCUGCUUCUUCCAGAUGUUAAUGAAUGGUGGUGUGUGUAGCACUGUUACACUCAACUUCAACAUGCCUGGCCCUUUUAUCCAUGAAGUCAUGAUUGUGGGAUCCAUGGGCCGUUUGAUUGCUCGAGGUACAGACUUGUAUGGGCAAAAAAAUACUUCCUUCAAGGAGGAGCUGCUGCUUGCUGAUACCAUGUCUGUAAACACACCUGGGCUGCUAGAGAAAGCAUUCAGCGAUAUUCCCCUUAUAUAUUUAAAGGGCACUGUUUACAUGGUGCAAGCCUUGAGCAAAUCCUUUAAGGAUCAAGAGGAUCGGCGCACCUGGGCCCACAGGCCAGUUUCAAUGGCUGCAUCCUUUGAAGAUGGCCUUUAUAUGCAAAGUGUUGUGGAUGCUAUUAAGAGAUCGAGCAGGUCUGGGGAAUGGGAAGUUAUUGCUAUGAUAACAGAAGAACCAGAUUCUAAUCAGAACCUAUGUGAUGCCUUGCAACGUAAUAACCUGUAAUAACAUUAUGGAGUAAUAGCACAGUAGAUACAUUUCACCAAAAACAGAACCUUAUUCCAAUUCAAAGAUCAUAUUUAAAGUAACAAAGCAAUUUCAGGUUAGUUCU